CUUAGCGCGGGACCCGCGGUUUCGCGUUGACCACGGCUACAAAGGACGAGGACCAUAGUUCUUCUUCUUACUAACCAUCACUCUGUUUUUUAGAAUUACAAUUGACUACCCGUUUAGCAGGAGCAUCGCUCUUCGCCGGGUUAUUUCUUAUACAGUUUUAUACAUAAUUUCAAUAAACGCGAGGACCGAGAGCAAAAUCAUGAAACGCGAGCGUGACGACAAGGAUGCGGAAGAUGAGCAGGACCAGGACAACUCCGUCCAGGACCUGAAGCGGCUGAUCACGCAGAGCGUGAAGCAGCAGCGACGCCCGAAGAAGACCCAUAAUGUGACUCCCAUUCACAGCGACGAACAGUCGACGUCUGCCAGGUCGAGAAACAACGAUCAUGGGGCAAUGGGAACGGAUAAUCGAAGUGCUACGACCGGCAGCGCUUCCCUGUUUUUCCCCGACAUUCCCGUAAGCGCGAUGGCGGGUCCGUCACCGCUUGCGAAUAGUAAUCUUGGACGAGAACAAGCAGAUGUUUCUUUUCCACACGACAAGAAAGGCGCGAGUUCUGGCAGAACUCAUCUUCCCGUAUUGGGAAUAUCGACCUCCGACAGCGUUCUCCCUCUCCCUUCGGAAGCCGCCCGCAGGUCGAGGAACAAAUCUACAUCGAAAAUAAGCCAGUUCUCGGGACGCGGUGGUCAGCACUCGAAAUCCGUUUCCGAAGCGGACCCCUCGGAGGACGAGCUCUCGCUGGUAGCUUCGCCGAUGAACGAAGUGUUGAACCAAAAUGUCAUCCCAACGCCCACCGCAGCGGAGACGGCAACGGGGGUCGGGAGCUUUUUCACGGGCUUCGUGCAAAACGAAAACAUAAACGAGGAAAAGCAUGGCAGUGGAGCAGACAAAGCAGGUGAAGACGGGUCCGAGAAUAAGAUAGGUCAAGUGCCGAAAAUGCACGUAGGUCCUGGUGUGAACUUGAAGCUGGUGCAGCAUGUUGACCAGGCGGCUGCAACAGGAAGUUGUAGCUCAUCUGGAGGACCAGCGUUGAUAGAGGACAAGAGCCCCCUGCUCGCCGCGACGAAGAUGCGCGCUUCGAUUGGGAGCCCGAGAUUUGGCGGCACCGCAGGCCCUGAGAUGAAAAGUACGUCUAUCUUCGAGAAGCAGAGAGCGGCGGCCUCGCCCUACGCAAAGCCGGUCGCGAGCAGUAAUAAAACGAGCCCCUUUUCGCAAGAGCACAAAGUGGGUUCGAUUUUCGGUGGUGCAGGGACGACCACAGGAAGUUUUAGCAAUACUACGUCAACAACAAACACCUCUAGUACAGGCUCUUCUAUUUUCUCCGGCGGCAUGGCUAGCGGCUCUUUCAUGUCCGCCCUCGCGGACCACAGUGGCGGCUUUGCCGCACUCGCAAAGAGCACCAGCGCAGCUGCAGAACAAAGUACGAAAACAGCGACGUCUGGUGCGACUACUGGGGGCAGCUUGUUCUCCGCAAUGGCGAGUGGUAGCACGACUAUAGGCAGUGCUGUCCCUGAGUCUGGGACGAAGAACAUCUUUUCAACGUUCGCAUCCGCUUCGCCGCCUGCAAUGCCCUCUGGCUCAUUUAGUAACGGCGCAAGCAUGAAUGGCGGAACGACAGCGACAGGCUCUUCAAUGUUCACGUUUGGAACGGCGGCAUUCGGAUCCGCAACUACAUCGGGAGCAGCUACGUCCCAACAAGGCGUUGCCAAAGAGAAGACUAACGAGCGCAACGCCUUUGCGUCGUUACUGACGAUCGAGAAGCAGGAGCAGAAGGAUGACAUCAAGGCUGAUAAAAAUUCAAGCAAACAAGCAGCCCCCAGCCUUAGUAAAUCUUCGCUUUCCGCCGGCGCGGGCAUGGGUCCUGGAAUAGUAGACACCACAGCUUCAGGAUUUGCAAAUGGUAAGGUGCCCAUGCUGACGAAAGUUCAGGCGGUUUCCAGGGCGCGGGCAAUCGUGCGGCGGUCGGAGCUGAACGCUGAGGCGCCAAAGGACUAUCUGUUAUUCGCGGGAAACUGCAAGGCGUUCGAACUGAGCAAGGUAUAGCCAACGUUUGAUGAACAAGGAUGCGUUUCAAGUGAACUACUAGAAGUGUGAUACGUAUGUAAACAACAGAUGACCCGGUUUCCUUUUCCAUUUGCAUCAACUGGGUGCCAUCAUUAUCAAACGAAAUUACACUGUCACAGAACGACGACACCACCCAGCCACGCCCCAGCGAGAGCACCGCCUCUUCGUCGCGCCGCUGGCGACAAAUGACGGACGCCGGCCAGGUGAAAAUCAGCAUGGACAGUGCUACGGGCGCGGUCAGCGUCUUGGUGCUGUUGCGCGGCACGCUGCGGCUGGUGUUGCAUUCGACCAUUCUCACCGCAGAUUCCAUCAAGCCGGUGGGGGACAACUCCGUCUGCUUCAUGGGAACAGGGGGCACGGUGCAGGAGGAGGGCGCGGGUGUAGAAGUGGCUGCUGGUGGCACCGCAGCUUCGAAAGAACCUGCGUCUUCUGAUGCGUCAACGGGAGCCCCUAGUACGAACGAACCCGCCGUCGCUCCUGGGAAAAUAAACGGAACUACCACUAAGACCGCGAACAAAGAGAAAGACGGAUCAACUAGCACAAUUGAACCCAUUUACUACCGUUUGAAUUUGUUGUCUACCGAUCAACGGGACACGUGCGCUGGAGUAAUGAAAAGUGUCUGCGAGAUCACCAUGUCCCAAGCGACAUCUUCUGGUGCGCAAUGACCCAGUGUGGGAUGGCACUGCGACGCGAUAAAGAUUUUUACACUUCAAGUACAUCUCGAUAGCGAAAUCAAACACGAUUUUCAU